GGUAAAGAAAUCAAAGGAGGUGCUGCGCGCCUCCAGGACAAGACCCGACAGCAAACUGAAUCGGAAUGGAUAAUAACGACACAUACUUACAUCUCAUGAUCGAUCGAUGUAUUAUGGCAAGAUCCUCGAAGUCAGCAACGACCUUCGUCAGCAUUGUCGAUAUGUUCAACAAUUCUCGCCGAAUUUCCCUCACUUCUCCAGCCAAAUCGGCUCCCGGGCUUGCGGCCUGCUCGGGGGUGUCAGCUUAAGCAUACAUAAGUGCUCUGAAUUCCUCCCCAUCUCAGCACCCACCCACGAGCUCCAUGGUGGGUCAUCCAUCCGUCAUCAGUUCCUCCCGCCCACUGCAGUCUCCCAUGAGCACACUGGGUUCCUCCAUGAAUGGCCUAACCUCACCCUACUCUGUCAUCAUUCCGUCUUUGGGGUCCCCGUCAAUUUCCUUUCCAUCUACGCCUAAUGUGGGAUUUAACACUCUCAGCAGCCCGCAGAUUAACUCUUUGAAUGUGACUAACUCAGAGGACAUCAAGCCUCCACUGGGAUUGGCCCCACUGGGCAACAUGAGCAGCUAUCAGUGCGGUAGCCCUGGAUCCCUGUCCAAACACAUCUGUGCCAUUUGCGGGGACCGGUCUUCAGGGAAACACUAUGGUGUUUACAGUUGUGAAGGUUGCAAAGGCUUCUUCAAGAGAACCAUCCGAAAAGACCUGACCUACACGUGUCGAGACAGCAAAGAGUGCCUGAUUGACAAACGCCAGCGCAAUCGCUGCCAAUAUUGCCGCUACCAGAAGUGCCUGGCCAUGGGCAUGAAGAGGGAAGCGGUCCAGGAAGAAAGGCAGCGUGGGAAGGAGAAAAGCGAUAAUGAGGUGGAAUCAACGAGCAGUUUCAAUGAAGACAUGCCUGUGGAUAAGAUUCUGGAUGCAGAGCUUGCAGUCGAACCUAAGGCUGAGACAUAUACAGAGGACACCCCAGGCAACUCAACGAACGAUCCAGUCACCAAUAUCUGCCAUGCAGCUGACAAGCAACUAUUCACUCUUGUGGAGUGGGCCAAAAGAAUACCGAAUUUUUCCGAUCUGCCUCUGGAUGAUCAAGUAAUUCUGCUUCGAGCAGGAUGGAAUGAGCUCCUCAUCGCUUCAUUCUCCCAUCGCUCAAUCACAGUUAAAGAUGGUAUCUUAUUGGGCACAGGCCUCCACGUCCACAGGAGCAGUGCUCACAGUGCUGGAGUGGGCUCCAUUUUCAACAGAGUACUUACUGAGCUGGUUUCUAAAAUGAAGGACAUGCAGAUGGAUAAAACAGAACUGGGUUGCCUUAGGGCCGUCGUUCUCUUCAACCCUGACGCUAAAGGCUUGUCAAACCCAGCGGAGGUAGAAGCACUGAGGGAAAAGGUUUACGCCUCACUUGAAACCUACACCAAACAGAAAUACCCCAGCCAGCCUGGCAGGUUUGCUAAACUUUUAUUACGUCUACCUGCUCUCCGAUCCAUCGGGCUCAAGUGUUUGGAGCACCUAUUUUUCUUCAAGCUGAUUGGCGACACGCCGAUAGACACUUUCCUAAUGGAAAUGCUUGAAGCCCCCCACCAGAUCACGUGACACAAGUUCCAACUGGCCAUUUUUUUGUACAUAUUCCCAUGUAACUAAUAUAAUAAGACUUGAUUGAAGCUGCAUAUUUUAUACCAAGCAAGAAAUGGUUUUUCUUGUGAAAAUUAUGGGGAGGGAAAAUGGAUUAAGUGGGGAAAAUCUCAAAAUAUACAGAUUAAAUUAAUUUUACUGGAAUGGUUGUAUUACAAAGAUGUUUGUCUCUGUAAUUAGCUAACAUCAUAUAUCCAUUCUAAUGGCAAGACAAUGCAUUCAAGAAAAUAUAUUUUAUUCAAAGAAUGCAUUUAUCAAACCAAGACAAUAAUUUCAAAAAUGAAGUUUAGAAUUCUGUCCAAAUAAAUAUUUAAAUAUUUAAAUGCUAUGUCCUUUUUUCUUUUUAAUAUUUUGUCUAAGAGAAAGAGCAGGUUGUCAUAAUUUCCAGAUGUGGAUAACGUUGUUUCUUCUGCAGAACACAAACAAAGAUUUUUCAAAGUAUAUUUCAUCUCUGUAUUUCAUCAAUGCAAUUGAAUGGUAAAUCUUCUGAAGCAAUGUGAUAAGUGUGGGUGUGAAACAGAUCAAUUUUAUAAGUCAUUUUUACUAUAAAUCUUGACAUUAGCAGUCUCCUUGGUGACCAUGAUGUCAAGCUUGAUUACACUGCCUUGUGUCAUCUAGCGAUCUGUGCAUGCUUCUACGGAAAUUAUGAUUGUGUCUAGAGAAUGCAAUGGCAAGAUGUACAAUGAAAGAAAGAGUUAUAUUUUGGUCUGUUCUCGUUCAAACCGAUUUGAUCACUUCAGAAGACAUGGAUUUUACCUCUUAUGGAUUACAUUUAUGUGCUUUUUGGAGCUUCAAAGUUUUGGUCACCAUUUACUUGCAUCGUAUGGACUCUCAGAAAUAUCGCUCUAAAAAAUUUUGUUUGUGUUCUGCAGAAUAAAGAAAGUCAUACACAUCUGGGGUGAUAUGAGCUGGUGAAUAAAAUGAGAGAAUUUUCAUUUUUAGGAAAACUGUUCCUUUAACAUAUCGAGGGCAUUGUGUUCAGCCCACCAGAUGGCGCCAUUUUUAUCUAUUACAUACCACGAAUGUAAUCUUCACCUCAACAUUUGAGCGACUGUAAUAAAGGUCUGUGAU